CUAGACCGGUGAUCGACUUUCCUCAUCCUUCAAAUAUUAUGCGUCAGGGAAUUUAGCCCUCUUCUCUGUGAUUCUCUUUUCCUCUCUCUUCCGAUUAGGGCUCACAAAAAUCAUUUUUGUUUCUGAAUCAGACAUCUCCGCGAUCUGCUACCCAGGCUGUAAUUUUGAUUUGCAAUAAAGCUUUUCAAAUAGCUUCUCUAUCUUUUGGCUCCCCAAAGACUGGAACGGCUGUUUUCGGCGAAGGAAUGAAAUUUGCAUAAAACUUUUAUGCUCACCUCAUGCCAUGUCGGGUUUACUCAAUUCAUCUCUUAGUGGAUCAGCUUCAAAUCUUCCAGAUGGCAGUGGACGAUCUUUUACUGCCUCAUUUUCUGGUCAGUCUGGUGCAGCCUCUCCUGUUUUCCAUCACACUGGAACUAUUCAAGGGCUGCAUAACAUACAUGGGAGCUUCAAUGUUCAAAACAUGUCAGGUGCACUAACUUCAAGAAAUUCAACGAUAAAUAAUGUUCCAUCUGGUGGGGUGCAGCAACCUACUGGAACACUAUCAAGUGGGCGUUUUGCAUCAAACAACCUUCCUGUUGCUCUUUCUCWGUUGUCUCACGGCAGCUCUCAUGGGCACUCAGGAGUCGCAAAUAGAGGAGKUAUAAAUGUUGUAGGAAACCCUGGAUUUAGUAGCAGCACAAAUGCAGUUGGSGGUUCUAUUCCUGGGAUUUUGUCUACUUCUGCAGCUAUUGGUAAUCGAAAUGCUGUUCCAGGAUUGGGKGUGUCCCCGAUUUUGGGAAAUGCGGGUACUCGUAUCACAAGUUCAAUGGGGAAUAUGGUAAGUGGAGGCAACAUAGGAAGGAGUAUAACUUCUGGUGGGGGAUUGUCAUUACCUGGUCUUGCUUCUCGUCUAAACAUUAGUGCAAAUAGUGGAUCUGGAAGUUUAACUGUGCAAGGACAAAACCGUUUAAUGGGUGGUGUUCUUCCACAAGGAUCUCAACAGGUUAUUUCUAUGUUGGGUAGUUCUUAUCCUACUGCUGGAGGACCACUUUCCCAAAACCAUAUACAGAGUGUGAAUAGUCUGAGUUCUCUGGGAAUGUUGAAUGAUGUSAACUCCAAUGACAAUUCUCCUUUUGACAUCAAUGAUUUUCCUCAGYUGUCUAGUCGUCCAAGUUCUGCAGGAGGGCCUCAAGGGCAAUUAAGUUCGCUGAGAAAGCAAGGCCUUAGUCCUAUUGUCCAACAAAACCAGGAGUUCAGCAUUCARAAUGAAGAUUUUCCAGCCUUGCCGAGAUUUAAAGGUGGCAAUGCUGAUUAUGGUAUGGAUAUUCAUCAGACAGAACAACAUGAAAAUUCUGUGCCUAUGRUGCAGUCUCAGCAGUUCUCUAUUGGAAGGUCUGCUGGAUUUAACUUAGGGAGCACAUAUUCACAUCGACCCCAGCAGCAGCAGCAGCAGCAUUCUCCUGCAGUUAGUAACAGCACGGUCUCSUUUUCACCUGGAAAUAAUCAGGAUCUUCUUCAUUUACAUGGAUCCGAUAUUUUCCCAUCUUCACAUGCUGCAUCCUAUCACCAGCAGUCUAGUGGACCUCCUGGAAUUGGUUUAAGACCCCUGAACUCUCCUAAUUCAGCUUCUGGAAUGAGUUAUGACCAACUUAUCCAGCAGUAUCAGCAGCAUCAUGGUCAAUCGCAGUUCCGAUUGCAACAUAUGUCUGGCGUUAGCCAGUCRUUUAGGGAUCAGGGCAUGAAAUCUAUGCAGGCGGCUCAAUCUUCUCCUGAUCCAUUUGGUUUACUUGGUUUGUUAAGUGUAAUAAGGUUGAGUGAUCCUGAUCUCGCAUCCCUCGCACUUGGAAUUGAUUUGACCACAUUAGGAUUAAAUUUGAAUUCAGCAGAUAAUCUUCACAAGACUUUUGGGUCCCCAUGGUCUGAUGAGCCUGCUAAGGGCGAUCCAGAUUUCAAUGUACCUCAGUGUUAUCUUAUUAAACCACCUCCUACUCUACAUCAAGGGUACUUCUUAAAGUUCAGUCUAGAGACACUGUUCUAUAUAUUCUUCAGUAUGCCAAAAGAUGAAGCUCAGUUGUAUGCAGCAAAUGAACUUUAUAAUAGAGGCUGGUUUUAUCACAAAGAACAUCGGUUCUGGUUCAUUCGGGUCCCUAACAUUGAACCACUUGUGAAGAUGAGCACUUACGAGAGAGGAUCGUAUCACUGUUUCGACCCCCACACAUUUGAAACUGUCCGCAAGGAUAAUUUCGUCCUGCACUACGAGAUGUUAGAAAAGAGACCAGCUCUACCUCAACAUUAGUUUUAUUUUUUUGCCUCUUUAGAUGUAAAGGUAAUUGGUGGAUUUUUCUCUUGUAAUCAUUAGUUCCAUUUGUAGAAUUAAUGUUUUGCAAUUUGGUAAUUGCAAUCAAUUAUGUAGGCCCUUGUAAUUGUAAUGAGCCGGUUGUUAUUUUACACGAUCCAUUAGCUUAGAUUAAACAUUUUUCUCUGUUUGUUUAUCAUGUAAUGAGCGGUCACAUAAUUUCUACAUUUAUUGUUAAAUUGAGCCCAGCAUGUCUAGAAAUGAAGCUUCUUAUGGCA